GUCUGUCGCCGUGGCAACGGGCGAAGCCGCGGCGCGGCCUUGCGCGGAGGCCGGGCUCAGGGUCCAGGGUUCGGGCCCCGGAGCUGGCUCGUCCGCCCCGUCCCCAGCGCCAUGGCCGCCGAAGUGGCGGUGGUGGGAUCGUGUAUGACCGACCUGGUCAGACACUGUAUUUCUGAUUGUGAUCUAGUCGCUGCUAGAUGGGAACUGUUCAGGAAAACCAGACUACUAUAUGCUUUACCACGAGAUUGCCAAGAGCUGGAGAAACUAUCCUCGGACAGAAGUUUUUCAUUGGUUUUGGUGGGAAAGGAGCCAAUCAAUGUGUCCAGUCUGCUCGGCUUGGGGCCAAGACCUCUCUGAUCUGCAAGGUUGGGAAGGAUUCCUUUGGCAAUGAUUAUGUUGCAAAUUUGAAGAAGAAUGGUGUUUCUACAGCAUUUGUAGGUCAGACUGCAGAUGCUGUUACUGGAACUGCUUCAAUAAUUGUCAACAGUGAAGGUCAGAAUGUUAUUGUCAUAGUUCCAGGAGCCAAUCUGCUUUUAAGUUCUGAAGACCUGAAGAGAGCUUCUGAUAUUAUCUGUAAAGCCAAAGUGGCUGUCUGCCAGCUAGAAAUAACCCCUGCUGUUUCUCUUGAAGCGCUGAAAAUGGCACGUGCUAGUGGAGUAAAAACCUUAUUUAACCCAGCUCCAGCCCUUGCUGACCUAGAUCCAGAAUUUUAUACCCAUUCUGACAUCUUCUGCUGCAAUGAAACUGAGGCAGAAAUUUUAACGGGCAUCCCAGUUGGCAACCUUGAAGAUACUGAAAAGGUGGGACGCCUGCUGUUAGAAAGAGGGUGUAAGCUCGUAAUUGUUACUCUUGGAGCAGAAGGCUGCAUGAUGAUAUCAGUAGAAGAACCCAUUCCAAAGCACGUUCCUGCUGAGAAGGUCAGGGCUGUGGACACUACGGGAGCUGGAGACAGUUUUGUGGGAGCACUGGCCUUCUACCUGGCUCACUAUCCUGAGCUGCCCGUGGAGGAAAUGGUCAGGAAGUGUAACUACAUUGCAUCAGUGAGUGUCCAGGCAUCAGGGACACAAUCUUCAUAUCCUUACAGGAAGGACUUGCCUCAGGACCUUUUCUAAUUGAUAUUGUCUAGCUCAAUGUACUGAUUUUAUCUUAUCCCAGACAGCAUUAUCCUCCUGACUGCACAGACGUUCCCCUCCACUGACUGGAAAGACCAGGAUAGUCUCUUUGCUUAUUUGAGAAAUCCUAUUAGUUCCUGUUCUGCAAUAGUAAAGAUGGGGCUGGGGUGGUUAUCUUUCAAACACAGCACAAGGAGGUCCGUCCAGCCCCACACGUCACCCCUGGGCUACUGCCAUCCCAUACAACCUACUAUGCUACACAGAACGUAUACAAAGUUCACAACAACACAUCAGGAGGGUACUGCACUCCUGGUACAUUUUGACUUGAUUUUAAUCAGACCUUCUGAUAUGCGAUACCAGGAAAUGAAGCUUUGAGAUUGACUUUAGUUCUUAGUUGCGCACAGUGAGGUCAGUGUUCACCAGCACUCGGUUCACUGAGCGUCUGGGGGUCGGCUCUCCCCAGCCUGCAGCUCAUCGCACAGCUCAUACAUACCUGACUUGGAAUAAUACCGCCCUAUUAGCCCUGGCCACAGCUUAUCCAAAAGCACGUCUUGUCCCACCCGCUGCCCACUGCUGCUUCCUAACCUAGGAAGGAGCUGCUGCAAUGCUGCUCCUCCAAGGAACGACACCACUUCGUGGUCACUACUGUUCAAUCUGUGGCUGGUAGGUUAGAAAAACUUGCGAUCCUGCCAUUGAAUUCCUGCUGUGGAAAAUGUUCAUUUUUAUUGCCUUAUAAAACAAUAGCUCCUUUGAAGAUUACAGCCUCUUUCAUAAUGGAAAACACAGACAAUGGGAUCUGCCAUUUAUUUUUUUUUAAUUGAGUACUGUAAAAAUAACUCAAAAGAUAAAUAAAUGUUACUGUGAUGAUCUA